AUGUGUUGCUGUUGGGUCCUAGUAGCCUUGGGCUGCUUGUCACAGCUGCGUGCAGAUCAAAGCUUGAAGCCUCAGAUUGCAGCCCCUCAGCUUGCUACAAACAAUCCCACUCUUUCUACGGUUGCUCUAGAAAAACCUUUCUGUGUGUUUGACAGCUCACUGCACCCAAAUAAAUCUUACGUUAUCUACCUGUACGCAAUGAAGGAAUUGGCAAGUGCAGUAAGCUCCCUGGUGACCGACAACAACAGCAAAGCGCUCGACAGCACCUUCCAUCAAACGAGUGGGGGGCAGCUCGGACCUUACAAGGCUGCCUUGUUCCAUGUACCCAGCUGUGCAUCGCUGCCCAAACUUGCUGACAUAAGAGAUGUCGACAAAGUUUCUGAUGUCCUCAAGCAAUACCUCUUCAGAGUCGGGGAUGACGAGACUUGUUUGUAUGACCCAAACUUCCAAGCUGUCUGUAACCCACCACUUGCAGCAGACACAACAUACAGGUUUAAAUAUGUGUUGGUAGACAGCAAGGAAGGUAUCGUGAAAGAUCAAACUCUCUGGUCCGACCCAAUCAGAACCAGAAGAGGAGGUUGGGAGGUUCUUCUGCAGAGACAAGGUGCGUGUCUCAGACUACUCAACACAGUGAACCAAAGUCAAGCUCUGAGUGAACAACCUGAUUCCAGUCAAGGGUGGAAAGGCAACUGA